CUUCAGGAGAAACGGCGGUCUCGCUGACUAACCUGCACGCAGAAAAAGGUCGCGUCCGCGCGUUCCCGCUCUCCUUGAAACCGGCUCCGUUCCCGGGAAACCACGUUCUUUCUGCCGCAGGCCUGUUAUUUUCCACUUCGCGGGGGAUUAAAAAAAAAGUUCGGGAAAGCAAUAGGAUAAGCAAUUGAUAGAUUAAUAUUCAUGAGGCCGGUGAUGUCAUGAGAAGCGGAGCUGUGGCCUCCCGAAAGCGCCAUUUCCUGGAGGAGAAGCAAGAGCCGAAGCAAGACUUGCAGAAGGAAGCCGCGGCGGCCGACGGAGGGAGCUCCGCGUCGGGCCAAGCUCAACUCUGCGGGCUCGCCGGCCCGAUGAACUCUGUGCACUGCGGGAGGGAAGCCAGUAGGGGGGGACCUUCCCGAUUUGGUGAUCACAAGCUCAGGGAAAGGCAGCAGAGCCGCCGGCCGAGCCCGCGCCGGUGUGGUGCCUGGUGCUGCCAUCUCCGGCCGCUUCUUUUCCUGGCUUGUCCUGCGCGAUCGCGUGGGCGCCGAGCUCCUCUUCGCGCCCAGAUCCAAGGGGCGCGGGCCGCCAGCUUUUCUUCCGAGGAAGGGGCGUCGUUGGUUUUCCUCCCCCUUUUUUCCCUCCCUGAUUGCUUUGCCACCCGCCCAUCCUCCCCUUUUUCCUUUUCCUCCUCUUGCUUUCCUCCCCCUGUUUAAAUUUUGGGACCGAGACGAGGCAACCGCUUUGGAGGUCGCUAGGAAGAUGGUGAUAAAGAUGAUGAGGUGGAAGAGAUGGAGAUGAAGCAGACUAUGCCGACGCGGGGAGUCCUGUUGCUGUUAACGGCACUAUGGGCUCUGUUUUCGCGGGACUUCAGGGCUGUAACAGGAUGGGUGGGAGGUUACUUUCUUCCAGAAGCAAAAGGUAUUGGAAUGCCAAUCAAACUGACCGUGUCCCAGGGGCAGCCAGUGAAGUUGAACUGCAGUCUGGAGGGAAUGGAAGAACCAGAGAUGCUGUGGAUCAAGGAUGGAGCUGUGGUGCAGGGUAUAGACCAGGUGUACAUUCCAGUAAAUGAAGAACACUGGAUAGGUUUCCUCAGCUUGAAGUCUGUAGAUCGGACAGAUUCUGGAAAAUACUGGUGCCAAGUGGAGACCAAUGGGAAGAAAGAGGAAUCACUGCAAGUGUGGCUUAUUGUGGAAGGUGUUCCCUACUUCACUGUUGAGCCAGAAGAUCUGUCUGUUAUCCCUGAUACACCUUUCCAUAUGGCAUGUGCUGCAGUAGGCCCACCUGAGCCAGUGACAAUUGUCUGGUGGAUGGGUGAUUCCAGACUUGGACAUCCAGACAUCUCUCCCUCCACUUUAAAUGUGUCAGGCAUUAAUGAAAGCACAGUUUUCUCCUGUGAAGCUCACAAUAUAAAGGGAUUGUCUUCAUCUCGGACGGCCACUGUACAGAUUAAAGCGAUCCCUUUUCCACCUCUCAAUGUGACAGUAACUAAGAUCACCAGCAACAAUGCUAGUAUCACUUGGCAACCAGGAUUUGAUGGCCUUUCCCCCCUACAUUCUUGUACAGUACAGCAGGUGGCUGAGCUGCAAGAAGAGGAUGAGGUGGUCACUGAAGUUUUCUCUGUCCCUCCCUUUACAAGGGCUUUACCAGGUUUGAAGCAUGCCACCAAUUACAGUGUCCAAAUCCAGUGCACUAACGAGAUGGGCAGCUCUCCUUUUACAGAUUGGGUCUAUUUUCAGACCUUGGGAUUAGCUCCAAACUGUACUCCACAAAAUGUACAUAUUAUCCAGAGAGAUUCUUGCCUGAUUUUGGAAUGGGAAGCGGUAGCUCCCGAAAUGUAUGGGGAGAAUGCCUUAGGAUACAGGUUGGAGUGGAGCCAAGAUAACGUAACUCAGGGGGAAAUGGUUGUGAAGGAAGCAAGAGCCAACCUUUCUAUGUGGAAUCCCUUGAAAGACCUUAUAAUCAAGGUCUGUAUACUCAGUUCAGCUGGUUGUGGACCUUGGAGUGAGCCCUUGCUGCUUACAUCCCAAGAUUUAAUAGGGGGGCAAAGGCAGCCUCUUUAUGGAACAUCCUGGGUUCCUGUGGUUUUAGGAAUUCUGACUGCACUGGUUACAGCAGUUGCCUUGGCUCUAAUCCUUCUACGGAAAAGAAGAAAAGAAACUCGAUUUGGUCAAGCCUUUGGCAGUGUGGUUGGAGGUGAUCCUGUAGUCCAUUUUAGAGCAGUGCGAUCAUUCAACCGAGAAGUCCCACAGCUUAUUGAAGUAACAUUGGACAGUAUAGGAAUCAGUGAUGAACUAAAGACCAAACUGAAAGAUGUCCUAAUCCAGGAGCAACAGUUUACUCUGGGAAGAAUGCUAGGCAAGGGGGAAUUUGGAUCUGUCAGGGAGGGUCAGUUGAAAAUGCCUGAUGGCUCUCUCCAGAAAGUUGCAGUGAAGAUGCUAAAAGCUGACAUCUUCACUUCCAAUGACAUAGAGGACUUCCUGAAAGAAGCUGCCUGCAUGAAGGAGUUUGACCAUCCACAUAUUACUAAAUUAAUAGGGGUCAGCUUGCGUAAUCGGCCUAAAGGUCGUCUUCCAAUCCCAAUGGUUGUCCUGCCCUUCAUGAAGCAUGGAGACCUUCACUCUUUUUUACUGAUGUCCAGGAUUGGAGAAAACCCCUUUAGAUUGCCACUUCAGACUCUCUUAAAGUUUAUGAUUCAUAUUGCUAGUGGCAUGGAAUACCUGAGCAACAAAAACUUUAUACAUAGGGAUCUAGCAGCUCGGAACUGCAUGCUGGAUGAAAACAUGAAUGUCUGUGUUGCUGAUUUUGGGCUUUCAAAGAAAAUCUAUAGUGGAGAUUAUUACCGUCAGGGCUGUGCCUCGAAGCUGCCAGUGAAGUGGCUUGCAUUGGAAAGCCUGGCAGACAAUCUCUACACAACUCAUAGUGAUGUGUGGGCAUUUGGUGUGACUAUGUGGGAAAUUGUGACCCGAGGGCAAACUCCUUAUGCAGGCAUUGAAAAUGCAGAAAUUUACAACUACCUCAUCAGUGGAAACAGACUGAAGCAGCCCCCGGAGUGCCUAGAAGAUGUCUACGAUCUCAUGUGCAGAUGCUGGCAUUCGGAACCCAAGCUACGCCCAAGCUUCGGAGCUCUGAAACUGCAGCUUGAACUGAUUUUGGCAAGACUGUCAUUGCUCACCCACAGUCAGGACCCUCUUUAUGUCAAUGUUGGGAGAUUCCAGGAAGCUUGCAGGAAUGAAGCCACCAUGAAUUGUCCUUUUGGAACCUUGAGUGGGGAAACAGGCAUUGCAGGAGCAACUGCUGCUGUGACUAGUGACUACCGUUACAUCAUGAGCCCGUUGUGCCUUGGGAAUGAUGCAGAAAGUGAAAGACACCAGGAUGCAUCUGAUGGAGAGGCUCAGAGCCUCCUUUAUGAUUUGGAGAUGGGAGCAAAACUGUGUUAGCCCAAACAGAAAAGUGUGAGACUUUUCUUUCCCUCCAGUAAGAUGUGUGUAUCUGUAUCAUCAUGUGGUACCACUAACAGAGACAGUUGAAAGCUGCUUUUAACCGACAGACAUUGGGAUAAGGUCAACUGCGUCUGUUGCUUCUGACAGCUGUUUCGGGGCUGACAUGUCAAAUUGAUAGAAUCACCUCCUGGCCUUCCAAGAGAAACCCUGCAAGGGUCAAUGAAAUGCAGUCCCCCCCCCCCCCAGUUGUGGAAAGCCUGCUGGGUCACAGUAUUCUCCCUGAGAAUUGGGGUCAAGUAGAGUGAUACUUUGCAUA